CUGGUGUUACCUGAAAGCCUUUCUCUCUAUCUCUCUCCCCCGUUCGCCACCCCCCUCUCUCUCUCUCUUUAUAUAUAUAUAUCUGUAAGCCGCAACAAGCUAAUAAGCGGACAUUGCGUUGCUGUGUAGUCAAUUACGAUGACGAGAACUGUUCAAGUGAAGAACUUAUCAGAUCUAGCGACUGAAAGAGAGAUUCACGAGUUCUUCUCCUUCUCCGGCGAUAUUGACGACGUCGAGAUCCUCCAAGAAUCAGGACAAUCAAAGACAGCAUUUGUAACAUUCAAGGAUCCAAAAGCACUUGAAAUUGCAUUGUUGUUAUCGGGAGCAACAAUAGUAGAUAAGAUUGUUACUAUAACUGCAGCAGAAAAUUAUGUGCCAAAGAAUGAGGUGCAGGCAGUGAGGGUGUUGGACAGUUCUCUGUCUUUUUCUCCUGUUCAGCAUGUGGUGCCAAAUGUUGAGCAGGAGCAACAUAGCCCACCUGGCAGUGGAAGAAUUUAUGUUAGUAAAGCACAAGAUGCGGUUACAAAUAUGCUGGCAAAAGGUUCAGCAAUUGGGCAAGAAGCAGUGAGUAAGGCUAAAGCAUUUGAUGAGAAGCACCGGUUGACGGCCACUGCAUCUGCCAAGGUUAUUUCUUUUGACAGGAGAGUUGGUCUUACUGAAAAACUGACAGUUGGGAUUGCUGUUGUUAAUGAGAAGGUGAAGUCUGUUGACCAAAGGCUUCAAGUUUCAGACAAAGCAAUGGCUGCUGUAUUUGCAGCUGAGAGGAAAAUAAACAAUACAGGAUCAGCUGUCAAAUCAAGCAGGUAUGUGAGUGCUGGAACAUCUUGGCUAAAUGGCGCUUUCAGUAAGAUGGCAAGAGCCGGUCAGAGUGCAGGCACAAAAACUAGGGAGAAGUUUCAUAUGGCUGUGUCAAACUUGACCUCCAAGGAUUCCCCUAUUGCUGCUUAAGCCCUCAAGGUUGCUGGAAGUUUGUUUAACAAAUGCAUGCGUGAUGAUGUUGCUUUCAUCACUAGAAUGGAGGAUGGGUUCAAAAUUAUAGUUGCAGACAUGAUAUCAGUUGGAAACACGUGCUACAUGCAUAGUUGGUUUAUGUGUGCAUGAAAUUCUAUUGCUCCCUCCCCCCCCCCCCCCCCCCCCCCCCCUUUUUUUUGAUAUUCUUUAAUUCAUAGGGUAUUAUUGUGGCUGUGGGGUUUCUUUAAUUUUUUUGUACUUCUUGUUGUAACAUUGGUUCUGAGGUCAAAAUCAAAACCAAGAGAAAGCUCUUGUACCUAACGUUUGUGUAUUUACUGUCAAGUUUUCAUUGGAUUCGUUAUUAUUUUUAUGACAAACAAAAAACAUUAUUUUUGAGUAACAAGCACUUUGCAAGUUUCAUGUGUAAA